AUGAGGCGUAUAGUGUUGCCAGUGGAAGCUGAUAUAGUGUUAGUCGCAUCCACGGCAGCGGCACCAGCACCGUUUACAUUACCACUCUAUGCUGAGCCAUGUUACGACCCAGAACCAAGCCCCUGCUGUCCACCAUGCCCUGAACCAUGCACCCCACCUUGUUUAGAAACAAAUAACCCACCUUGCCCAUUACCACGUCCUCCGCAACCCGCCGAUCCUAACCUGCCACCACCAACUCCUGGUGGCAAUGGACCGAUUAGAGUCGUGAUAUCAAAGUCAAGCAUUCCUGAAAAAUUACGCUCAAUCGGUUUCCAAGCUGUACAAGUACCAGGUGGAACAUUCUUUGUUACCCAUACCCCUCCAGUACUCAUUCAGCCACCCCCCAUUUUAGUUAGACCAGCGCCACUUCGUCCGAUCACUCCUGCCGCUAUUACUGUGCAGCCCCCGCAACAACCACCUAUAGUGCCUCCACGUAUAGUUGUAAGGCCUGCACCUUUGCCCCCUAUAACACCUCCUCCUAUCCGCGUACAACUACCCCGGCCUAGUCCAAUCCAACCGAAACCCGUUGUUAUAAGGCCACCAAAACCAGCACCUAUUCAACCGCCACCAAUCACUGUAACGCAGCCACAGCCUCCUCCAAUAAAUCCACCCCCAAUUGUCAUCCGACGACCCACACCACCGACAGUCCAACCGCCAACAAUAUGCAUUCCUACGUCAGCUAUUUUCAAAGGCGAAUCUGGAAUACGGUAUCCAGGUAUACCCGAACCUUGUAUACAGUAUCCUGGUAUACCUGAACCUUGCUCUGUUCCGUGCCCAAGUCCAUGUUCAUGUCCAUACUGUUCUAGCCCGUGCACUUAA